UUUUUCAAACACAAACACCUCACUAAAAUUAUUAUUAAGUUUUUGCUAUGAAAGGCAAAACUCUUAACUCUCAAUCGUAGGGCUUGAUGCUAUCCUUGUUGAAUUACUUUCAACAAGAAAAGGAUAAUGGAGGGCCUCUAUUACCAUUGUCAGCUGUUAAAGAGGGGGUGGCUUGGGCACUAAAUAUUAGUUUGUCCACUAUUACAAGAAUACAAAGACGUUUAUCGUCAUCUAAUGAUAAUGUAUUAAGGUCACCUGGAAAGAAGAGACCCAGAAAAAAAUCUAAAACUACAGAUUUAUCUGACGCAGUUAAGCAUAGUAUGAGAGACACAGUGCAUCAAAUGUAUUCUGAAAGCAAUGAUGAUAAGCAUGAGAUGGUGGAUUCCAAAUUAUUGAAAUUUUUUUUCAGAAAAACAUGUCACAAUAGUAAAUUUGAAUGA